UCAUCAUCAUCAUCGACGUAAUGAUUCGAAUAAUUUGUUUUUUAUUAUUAUUAAUCAUAAGUGGUCAAUCCACUUUGAGUGUUCAUUCUACAAAACAAUUAUCAUCAUCAUCAUCAUCAUCAUCAUUCAAUGAUAUAAUUGAUUUUCGUUUCAACACUGCCCAUAUUGAUGGUAUUACUAAUCUUAUCAAUGAUUCAUUAUUGAUUAUAAGUAACAAUUAUUAUUGGUUACUUGAUCAACAAAAUCCAUUGCCAUUACCAUUUAAUGUUAAUGGCCACAUUAAACAAUUGUAUGAUGGUUUCGAAAAAAUUGAUACCAUAUGGUUAGAUCCAUAUAAUGAUAUUAGUCCACAAAUUUAUCUGGUAUCCAAUACACCUGAAUAUGGUUUACGUGUUGUAUGCAAAGAAUUUGAUGAUGAACCAUUCAAUGAUAUUUCAAGUUUCUGUCAUUUACCAGUGGAUCAUCGAUGGUUGGCAGCAUUGAAAGAUCUGGAUCCCAAUCGACCAAUCGAUGCGGCUACAUGGCGUAAUCGUACUAAAAAUCAAGAUGGUGGUUUUUGGGUAUUUUUUCAAGGCAAAAAAAUGAUCACUAUCGAUCCAUAUGAAAUGAAAUUGCGAUUCACUUAUGAUAUACAGAAAUGGAUGUCCAUCAAUGAUACAUUAACAGCCGCAUUCUAUGAUUAUCGUAAAAAUGUUUAUCAUUUAUUUUUCGAUAAUAACCGAUAUUAUACAUGGACAGUGAAUGUUUCCUAUAUGAAUAGUUUACCAAUGUCAUGGGAUCGAGCUUUUCUUCAUGGUAAACUUAGUCUACCAAUGAGAAUAAAUCGUGAUUUUUUUGGAUUCCCUGAAAAAGAUUUACGGCCAUAUGCACAGCCUUAUUAUAAGAAAAAUUCUUUCGAUAUCCAUACCAACCAUAUAGUGCCUGAUGAUGAAUUCAAUGGUGAUGAUGAUGAUGUACGGAAUCGACGAUUAUCAACAACAACGACGACGACGACGACUACUACUUCAACUCCAAGACAUUGGUUACCACGAAAACCAAUUCAUAAUUUAAAACAGCAAUUGCCAAAUUAUAACGAUAAUAGAAACAUUGAAAAUGAUGAUGAACAUUCGGAUCGUACAAAUUCAAUUCAAUAUGAUUUUACUACACAUUUGAGACGUUUAAAAAUUGAAGAUGUUCGUGAUUUUACCCAAAUAAAAUCAAAUCAUAUACGCCAAACAGAUAGUUCAUCAUCAUCGCUAUAA